AUGACUUCCAGCAGCAUGAACAUGAGCAGGGUGGCCUUCUACGAGGACAGGAACUUCCAGGGCCGGUCUUACGAGUGCAGCAGCGACUGUGCCGACAUGUCGUCCUACCUGAGCAGGUGUCAGUCCUGCAGGGUGGAGAGAGGCUGCUUCAUGGUCUACGACCGCACCAACUUCACGGGGAACCAGUUCUUCCUGAGAAGGGGCGAGUACUCCGACUACCACAGCAUGAUGGGAAUGAGCGACUGCAUCAGGUCCUGUCGCAUGAUCCCCAUGCACCGCGGCUCGUACAGGAUGAAGAUCUACGAGAGGGAGAACUUCGGAGGCCAGAGUAACGAGCUGAUGGACGACUGCAACAAUGUGAUGGAUCAUUACCGUAUGUCCAACUGCAUGUCCUGUCACGUGAUGGACGGUCACUGGCUGAUGUACGUGCAGCCUCAGUACAGAGGCAGGAUGAUGUACAUGAGGCCUGGAGAGUACAGGAACGUCAUGAACAUGGACAUGAGCAGCAUGAGGUUCAUGAGCAUGAGGCGCAUCAGUGACUCCUACUAG